AUGGCUUUUAUUCACAGCGGGUCAGAAGAAUGCGCCAAAUCUGAACUGGACCUAUUCCAAAUAGCCCCUAUGCAAACCAGCGUUGAGAGAUGCCUAUAUAUCGAAGUUCCUCCCCUGACUGCUUUGUCAGAAUCAGCGCCACUUGACUUUUUCAUCGCUGGAAAUGGAGAUGAUUAUAUGGAUUUAAAUAAUACCCUGCUUUACCUGUGCUGCAAAAUCGUGAAAGAAGAUGGGACAGACCUUGACAGAAAUGCAAGGGUGAGUCUGGUGAAUUACCCUAUAGCGUCCAUCUUUAGCCAACUGGAUGUGACUCUGGGAGACAGGCUCAUCUCGCAGUCGCAUAACGCAUAUCCGUACAGAGGGUUUAUAGAAGCUGUGCUGAAUUACAGCAAUGAUACUCUGAACACUCAGUUCUCUGCAGGCCUGUUUUACAAAGACACCGCGGCUCAACAUGAAUCAACUGCCCUGGAUGGGGACAACGACGGGUUUGUUAAAAGAGCAGCUCUAGCGGCUGGAAGCAGAAAAAUAGAUUUCCUGGGUCAGCUUCACAGCGACCUGUUUUUCCAAGAAAAACUGCUCUUAAAUGGCGUGGAUGUCAAAAUUAAACUGACACGCAGUAAAAAUGCUUUUUGCCUCAUGGCGGGUGAUUUAAACAGGGACUGCAAAUUAAUAAUCUUGUCUGCCUCCCUUUUCGUCAAGAAAGUCAGAGUAGCCCCGGGUGUCCGUUUAGGCCAUGCCGAGGCACUCUUCACAGCUAAUGCCAAAUAUCCUGUGGACCGCGUGGACAUCAAAGUGUUUAGCAUCCCUACAGGAAGUCGUGUCAGCAACCAAGAGAAUUUGUUUUGGGGGCAAUUGCCCAAGCUGCUGGUUAUCGGACUGGUGGAUAACGAAUCCUUCAGCGGGGCCCAUAAUAAAAACCCAUUUAACUUUAAGCAUUAUGACAUCAAUUUCUUUGCUCUCUACAUGGACAGAGAACAGGUACCCACAAAACCACUGCAGCCGGACUUUGAAGAUGGAAACUGCGUGAGGGAAUACAUGCAGCUGGUUCAGGCCGCUGGAAAGCAUAUGAAAGACAGAUCUUUGUUAGUAAACCGCGAGGAGUUUUCACAGGGCUACACGCUAUUUGCAUUUGAUCUUUCCCCAGAUCAGGAAUGUACAGACCACUAUUCCUUGAUUAAAACUGGGAACCUGAGGGCUGAAGUGCGGUUUGCUAGAGCAUUGCCUCACACUGUCAACAUGAUUGUCUAUGGUAUUUUUGACAACGUUAUAGAGAUAAACCACAGGCGAAAUGUUUUGUUUGACUAUAUGUAA